AUGAGCGUCAGCAUCCAGAAGCAGCGAGGAGCCGUCACCUUCAAGGCCGACAAGGGCCUCAACCCGGAAGCCCUGCAGAAGACGUUCGAGCAGUUCGGGUCGGUGGGUCGCGUGCUCGUGGAGACCAAGGCCACGUCCGUGGCCUGGGAGCGCAAGGCGCCCGUGCAGUUCCCCGGCACCUACCCCGAGGUGGCCGUCGAAAUCGCCGGCAAUCUGCCGGUGGAGGUGGCCGUCAUCGGGUCGUUCGCCCCGGGCGAGGGUGAGCGCUUCUACCACCGCUCGGUGGCCCUCCAGGCACAGCACCUCACCUUCGUCGACGAGUACAACGAGGCGAGCGCCAAGAUCGCCAACGCGGACUUCAGCCGGGACGACCCGACCACCAUCUACACCUUCUCCGUGGGCACCCAGGACCUCGUGUUCCACCGCCACGCCGGCCACCGAGCCAUCACCGGCAUCACCGGGUCUGGUGGUGCCAACCUCAAGUUCAGCGCGGCGACGCCGGAGGAGGCGGCGAGCAACCCGGACGUGUUCGUGGAGAAGAUGUUCAUCAUCGAGAUCCCGGCGGACAGCAUGUUCGUGCUGCGGUUCUCGGGCACGGUCUACCACCAGUUCGGGCCGAGCACGCCCGGCAAGGACGCCUUCUUCGCCAUCUCCGUGCACACCAACGAGGCCGGCGGGCUCGAGGGCGAGCUGCUGGACAUCGUCAAGGCCGGCAACGGCAGCAUCCCGCUCCUCACCGAGCCCAUCUCCGACGCCGUGGCCGACCUGCUCGACGGCAAGAAGCUCAAGAAGCUCAAGGUCAAGGACCGCCAGCGCCGCACCGUGUCGGCCACCAAGCGCUACAUGACCCGCGUGCGCAACGGCGACGCGCCCGCCGAGGGAGCGGCGCCCCUGAGCGGCAACCACGCCGUGGAGCCCGAGGUGAUCAGCCACGAGGUGGCCACCAUCCUGCGCGAGCAGGUCGAGCAGCUGCGCGAGCGGAUCGUCCACUUCAGCCUGCCCCGCCUGGCCACCAUCUACAGCCCGCCCCAGGACACCUACAUCAUCGAAUUCGACGGCGAGCAGUCUGACGACGCCGUCGACAAGGCCCUCGCCGCCGCCAUCACCACCCCCGACGGCCUCUCCCUCACCCUCGAGCGGGCCUGUCGCAUUGGCUACUCUUGUUGA